GGCACUGAUCCUAUUCAUGAGGGUUCUGACCUUAUGACCUAAGCACUUCCCAUCUGCUAGGAGUGCCAUCACCUUAGCACUGGGUUUCAAAAUGAAUUUUCAGGGGUGUGUACAACGCAGACCACGGCCGAAGCCCAUUGAAGGUAGUGGCCCGUGGCAUUAGGCAGAGAAGAGUGAAAGCCUCGUCUCCUUCUCCUUAACCUUGGCAGAUGUAACGUGGCUGCUCUGGCUGCUGACACCCACGUGGAGUUGUCCACCAAGGUCACAAGCCUGUGUUCCGCAACAGAAACUGGGUAGAGGGAAACCUGUGCCCGUUGCAUGCCCACAAUGACCUGGAAGCCCGGCUGGAUGGCAGAGCCUGGCCGGGCCUCAGUCCCCAAGGUGCUUUCAAGCAGCGGCUUUUGCUUUUUGUCUCCACACAUGUGUAAAAGCGGCACUAAGAAAUUUUAAGCAGGGUCAUUUCUAGAUGUCUUUUUAUAUACACAUCUGGGCUGUGUUGCGGACACCUUCGUUUCAUCAGGAUAAUUUUUUUUUUUUUAAUGUUUUUUAAUGUUUGUCUUUGAGAAAGAGAGCAUGAGGAGGGGAGAUGCGUGGGGGGGGGGGGAGGGGGGGAGACAGAGGAUCCAAAACGGGCUCCACACUGACAGCAGAGAGCCGGAUGCCGGGCUCAAACUUACGAACCACGAGACCAUGACCUGAGCUGCUCCACCGACUGAGCCACCCAGACACCCCCCCCAUCAAGAUAGUUUUAAUAACCACCAUGGGUUUUGGUAGCAGCAGAACUUCGAAUAGGCUGUAAAAGACUUAAAAGCAGUUAACGCCGUCAAGUCAGGUUCUGUGUAGAUGUUCAGAUAAACAAAAAUUGGAUUGCUUAGUUUCCUUUGUGGGCCGGGGUCAGAAGGCAGGAGUGGCGUUUGCUGCCGCAGACCCCAGGGUUGGCGAGCGGAGGGAGCACUGGCAGAGCCCGCUGCUGGCGGCCAGGACGGUGCUCAGACCUGUGUGCUCGCCGGGGGCCGUCGUGUCAGGAAAGAGUCUUUAGUUGGGAUCUCUUUCCUCUUUAGUAGUUGGAGGAACCUAGCACCUUCUCAGCCCUUUAUCGUGAGCCACAAAGGGGCGGUUGUGAGGAGGGAAACCCCUUCAUACAAAGCAUGAACGUGAGCUUGAGCCCGGCCUGGCAGAAUUUUAAAUUUUCGGUUAAUGAGUCAAAACAGUGAGGCUGUGUUGCAACGUUGGCUGUAAUUUCUGGCUGGCAGGUUUUUUUCAAAAUUGACAUCACUUGUUUUGAAUAUUGUUUCAAGGGUUGGAGGUUUGCCACCAGGUGCGUGGCGGCGUGGCAGGCACACGCUUCGUGUGAUCUUUUUGAGACGCAGCGCUGGCUGUUUCCUCACAGUCGUCAUGCUGUGAAGACAGGAACUGCACUGUGGUUCUCGGCAUAGCGUCUUCGCGAAGGCAGUCUCGUAGGUUGGUAGAACUGGAGACCCGUCUGUCCACAGGCGCAUCCUAGUCCCUUCCGUGAGCGCGCGUCCUAGACGCGGAGCCCUCGCAUUUACCAGGUCGAAUGUCCUGCAGCACUGGAACCCACGGCUGUUUUGGGUGGAUGUUUGUUGUGUUGUGUUUUUUAAAAAAGAGGGCCACCUGGGUGGCCCAGUCUGUUAACGUCCAACUGCAGCUCAGACCAUGAUCUCACAGUUCGAUUCUCGCAGAGCACGCUUCGGAUCCUCGGUCUCCCUUUCUCUCUGCCCCUCCUCCUCCCCCAUUCCCCUGCUCUCGCGUGUGCACCUUGUCUCAAAAAAAAAGCAUUUUAAAAAAUAAUUUAAGAAAAUUUUUAGGGGCGCCUGGGUGGCUCAGUCAGUUAAGCAUCCAACUGCAGCUCAGAUCAUGAUCUCACAGUUCUUGGGUUCGAGCCGGGCGUCAGGGUCUGUGCUGACAGCUCAGAGCCUACUUGGGAUUCUCUUUCUCUGCCCCUCGCCUGCUCAUGCGCUCGCUCGCCCUCUUUCUCUCUCUCUGUCUCUCAAAAAUAAACACUAAAAAAAAAAGUCACAACUGUCAGCCUAACAUUUUGAAAAGUUGUUGGAGAUUCUGAAGGGAGAAUUUAGCAGGUUUAGAGCAGUUUUGUGGGAGGAAAUGCCUGGGCCCUUCUGAUACCCAAGUGCAAGACUGUUGCUUUGCACACAUGCAGGGCGUGCAGGGCUCCUCCCGGCAUGGUGCCCGCGUCCCCGGGGCCGGCGGCGAGGCCUGGGGACCUGAUGGGACCUCACCACUGCGGUGUCCCGGCCUUCGAACGUCCCCUGCGGUGAAAUGGCGAGUCCCCCAGAGGGCCCCCGGCAGCCUCCGGAACGGCCCUGGUCCCUGAGAGAACCGACCGACCGGCUCCGCAUUCAGGGGGCGUUUUCUCGGGUGAAAGAUGGGAGUCUCGGGGAAAGCAACUGCCACUAUUCGCCACUGGUGAUAAAAUUUGAGGUUUCAAGUGCAAAUGACAGUCUUGAAAAGCCUCUGUCUGCUGGCACGAGCCCGGUGUUCCCCGGUAAGUAAAGCCGUUUGAGGAGCCGGGGACUGGCCUCAAGGCCACCCUGGCUUCUGUGUUGUAGGGAAGCAGGUCCGUGCAGACAGGUGCACUUCCCCCACCCCAGCAGGUGCCUGCGCUCCGCCCUCUUGCAGGGCCCGCCCCGGGCUGUGCAGGGCGGGAGCUGCCAGUUAUAGUAACCGGAAACUUUCUCCAUUUGCCUGUUGGAAACAGAAUCUUUUUGGGGCCCUCAGCUUUGAAGAGCAUGAAGGGGCUCUGAGAGCCACCGGGAAGCCUUGAGCGGGGAGGACUUAGGCCAGGCAGCCAAGGAGGGCACCACGCUGAGAUGGAGAACGGUGACUUCCCGCCAUCGCCAUCUCAGUCUCCGGGUGGCAGGGGCGCCCGCCUUCACCCCCCCCCCACCCCCCUUGGUGGGGACAGCCAUGGCAGCCGGCGGGGCUGCGGGUUCCUGGGCAGUGGACUCUCUCCAUUACACCCCAUGUCCAAGUUCAACACGGUUUCUCCGCUUUUCACCAGGUGCGAUUUUAUAGUAGAAUUUCUGGGCUGAGAAAAUUAUCACAAAAGUAAUAUUGCAAAGAUAAAUAUAAAGUCAAGAUAAUAGUUUCUUCUGAGAAGCAAAGCGUCUGAAGUGUUGAAGCCUCAAUUUGAGAUGCAUUUACCACAUUUGAGAGAUUCGGUGGCCAGGAGGUUGGAUUCCGCUCCUCCUCGGAGUGGAGGGGUCACUGUCUCUUUAAAAGGAGGAGCGUCAGAAUGUUGGCCUUUGUUCUGGGGUCACUAAGGAAACCGCAGUUUACCGGAGGGCUGCUGGAGGUGAGGGUUCAGCUGGCAGGGGGUGCCCUCGGGGUGGAGUGUGAAGUGUGUGAAAAGAUCAGCUAGGAUUGGCCCGGGAACAGGGGUCUGUUCAGUGAGCUUACUCCAUGCGAAUAGUCUCGAGAUAAUCUUCAUUGUUACUUGUGAACCUUGACUGACAACAGCAGUGUUUGAGGCCUAGUGGUUUACUUGGACCAGGCGAUUCCAUCUGCCAGGUGUUUGGACCUCCAGAAAAAGCGUCCAAGCUUUCAGUGUUCCGGCAGGUUUUCAUUCCAUAGCAGUCCUUCCCCUACACUGGAACAUGGCAUAGAAUCUGAGUCUGCAGUAGCAUUUAAAUGUGAUUGAAGCCUGGGAAGCUUGGAAAAAAAUUCUCAAGGUAUGGAUGAAAAAGGUGGCCCGAGCAAUGAGGAAGCACCCAAGGCCAUCAAACCCACCAGCAAAGAAUUCAGGAAAACGUGGGGCUUUCGAAGAACCACCAUCGCCAAGCGAGAGGGUGCCGGGGACGCCGAGGCGGAUGCUCUGGAGCAGCAGCCCCAGCAGGGCCUUUCCUUGCGGCGCAGCGGGAGGCAGCCGAAGCGGACCGAGCGUGUGGAAGAGUUUCUCACGACGGUCCGACGGCGAGGAAGGAAGAAUGCUCCCGUCUCCCUGGAGGACUCCGGCGAGCCAGUGUCUUGUCCCGUCACGGACGUGGAGACGGCAUCGGAAGGGAGCGUGGAGAGCACGUCGGAGGGGAAGGGUGGGCCCACGGCAGGCUCCGCGGGGGACAAGGAGCAGCCGGCCGCCCCCACAAAGGCCAAAGGGGGUGAGGGCGAGGACGACACCUCUGACAGUGACAGCGACGGGCUGACUUUGAAGGAACUGCAGAACCGCCUGCGGAGACAGCGGGAGCAGGCAGCAGCCGACAGAUCCCCCAGGAGCCUCCAGAGCCGCCUGCGGAGGAAGCGCCGAGAGCAGGGUCCCACGCAGACCGGCGGCACGGAGGCGGCCGGUGCCACAGAGAGCUCGCUGCCCGGCGAGCAGGAGCCCGAGGCCGAGCAGGGCACCGUGUCGGAGGCCGAGAAAGACAGCGGAGAGCAGGAGCCAGAAGGGAAGGCGGCUCAGGGGAUGGAAGGCAGAGACCCCAGGGACACGGGCCGGCAGCGGCCCGAGUGUGAGGCCUACGAGCCCAACGCUCUGUACUGCAUAUGUCGUCAGCCGCACAACAACAGGUUUAUGAUCUGCUGUGACCGAUGUGAAGAGUGGUUUCACGGCGACUGUGUGGGCAUUUCCGAGGCUCGGGGAAGGCUCUUGGAGCGCAACGGCGAGGAUUACAUCUGCCCGCACUGCACCAUCCUGCAGGUGCGGGACGACGCGGAGCCCGAGAGCACAGAGCAGCAGGAGGCUGGGUGCGGGCCCACAGACUCAGAUGGUGCCGACUGCACCAGCAUGGGGACGGUGGAGCAGAAGUCCAGUGAGGACCAAGGAAUAAAGGGCAGAAUUGAGAAAGCUGCAAACCCCAGCAGCAAGAAAAAGCUCAAGAUAUUCCAGCCCGUGGUAGAGGCUCCUGGUGCCUCAAACUGUAUCGGCCCCGGGUGCUCGAACGUGGCGCAGCCUGACUCGGUUUACUGCAGCAGCGACUGUAUUCUGAAACACGCCGCAGCUACCAUGAAAUCUCUAAGUGCGGGUAAAGAACAAAAACCAAAACCUAAAGACAAGACCAAGAUGAAGCCAGAAAAGCUCAUUCUCCCGAAAUGUAGCGUCCAGGCAGGCGUGCGAAUCUCUUCUGUGCAUAAGAGACCAGCUCCAGACAAGAAAGAAAACAUAGCGAAGAAGGCGACAGUGGCCCCUUCGAGGAGCGAGGUGUUCGUGAAGGAAGCGACCUGUGAGGGCACGCCGUCCUGGGCAAGCGACCACAAUUACAAUGCAGUAAAGCCAGAACAGACUGCUGCCCCCUGGCCACCACUGUUGUAUAAAUCCAUGAAGGAGGACAGGCGUGUGGAGGAGAAGACCGCAGUGGUGGCUGUUGGGCCGAAGAAGAUGGCCCCUCCGGGCUCCUCAGCAGGCGGCAAACAACCUUCACCCAGAAACCUCCUGCCGAAGAAGUCCCCUCCCUUUGCAAACGCAGCAGCAGCCAAAGUGGCCAGCAAGAAGUCGCCAUCGGGCUUCAAGGGCACCAUACCCAAGAGGCCGUGGCUCUCGGCUGCCCCGCCAGGUGGCGCCCCCACCACCAAGCAGGCCAGGCUGGCGCCUGGGACUGCCACGUCCGCUUCCAAAAAGUCACCGGGCUCUGCCGCAUUGGCGGGGGCCCUCAGGAAGCCGGUGGCCACCUCCGGCCCCUUGGCUCCUCCAGCCCCAGGACGCCUGGGGACCUCGAGCCCUGCCCUGUCACAGCCAAAUUCACAGAUACGGCAGAACAUAAGACGCUCCUUGAAGGAGAUUUUGUGGAAAAGAGUCAACGACAGUGAUGACCUGAUCAUGACGGAAAACGAAGUAGGAAAAAUUGCCCUCCAUAUUGAGAAAGAGCUGUUUAACUUGUUCCAAGUUACAGACAAUCGCUACAAGAGUAAAUACCGCAGCAUCAUGUUCAACCUCAAGGAUCCCAAAAAUCAGGGCCUCUUCCAUCGUGUUCUGCGUGAGGAGAUCUCUUUGGCAAAACUCGUGAGGAUGAAGCCAGAAGAACUCGUGUCCAAAGAGCUGUCCACGUGGAGGGAGCGGCCAACAAAGCCUGCGAUGGAGUCCAGAAAUAAGCAGCACGGUGACAGUAAACAGACCACCAUUAAACGGGACGCUGUGCCCAACAUGGAGGACUCGCCACCCGUGUCCGAUUCAGACGAGCAGCAGGAGUCGGUGCGAGCCGUCCCCGAGCAGAGCGCCGCGCCCCUCCUUGACAUCUUCAGCAGUAUGUUGAAAGACACCACGAGUCAGCACCGGGCGCAUCUGUUCGACCUGAACUGUAAAAUUUGUACAGGUCAGGUUCCGUCAUCGGAAGAUGAACCGGCUCCAAAAAAGCAAAAGCUGUCCACUUCUAAGAAGGAAGAGUCAAGAUCCAAGUAUGACACCGCUCCUUCUGAGCCAGUUCUUAGCUCGGCUGAUGACGCAGUUCCAGAAGCUCUGCCCGAAAGUGCCUCCGAGCCAGACCUGGACAGUGCUGCUUCGCACACACACUUGGAGAGAAAGUAUUUCCCUGUGCCGCCGGGAGACGGCCACCCGGAGCCUUCUGCCCUGGAAGGCCCCUCCUGCCUGGCCACCUGCGGGGGCCCAGUGCUCACCACGGUCACGGUGUCUGGCCGAGACCCCAGGACCGUGCCAGGCGGGUCGUGCACAGUCACGACCCCUGCAGCAGCCCGCCCUGACGGCGCCCACCCAGCGGAAUCCCGACAGGAGGUCCUGAAGCCUGCCGUGACCUCGGUGACAGUGCCCAAGUCCAUACUGGCGAAGCCGUCCUCGUCCCCCGAGCCCAGAUACCUCCUGCCGGUGCCACCGUCACCGCGCGUCAGCCUCUCCGAGUCAAGGUCCCCUCCGGAAGGAGAUACGACCCUCUUUUUGUCUCGACUCAGCACCAUUUGGAAAGGAUUCAUUAACAUGCAGAGUGUAGCAAAAUUUGUCACUAAGGCGUAUCCCGUCUCAGGGUGCUGUGACUAUCUCAGCGAGGACCUGCCAGACACGAUUCACAUUGGUGGAAGGAUCGCGCCCAGGACGGUCUGGGAUUAUGUCGGCAAGCUCAAAUCUUCUGUGUCUAAGGAGCUGUGUCUCAUCCGCUUCCACCCCGCGACCGAGGAGGAGGAGGUGGCCUAUAUCUCUCUCUACUCCUAUUUUAGCAGCCGCGGCCGCUUCGGUGUCGUAGCUAAUAACAGCAGGCACGUCAAGGACCUCUACCUGAUCCCGCUGAGCGCCAAGGACCCUAUUCCAUCCAAACUCUUGCCCUUUGAGGGACCAGGUCUUGAGUCACCGCGCCCCAACAUCAUCCUCGGGUUGGUGAUCUGUCAGAGAAUAAAACGCCCUUCAAGUGCUGGAGAAUUAGAUAAGGUAGAGGAGAAGCGGACCCGACUUCAGACCCAAGAAGAAACCGAGGUUUCUGUCUAUCCCAAAGUGCCUGCAGCUCCGCAGUCUGAGAGGAAACCCCCCAAGCUCCAGGUCUGCUCCGGGGACGUGGCCGGCAGCACCACACCCCCAGGGACUCCUCCCCCGCCGCCCCCUCUGCCCGAGCCACCCAGUGCCCCGGCGGCGUCGUCCGUGUUGAAAAUCCUGUCGUCGCUCAAACCAGGAGCCACGAGCACUACCACGGCGUCCUCACCCGCCACUGCGGCCGUCACCGUGGCCUCUCCCUCCGCCAACCCCUCCACCUCGAAGACAGCCUCACCCCUGGAACACAUCCUGCAGACGCUCUUUGGGAAGAAGAAGUCCUUUGACCCCCCUGCCAGAGAGCCCGUGGGGUCCACACCGGCCUCCCACCAAGACCCCAAAGCCACGGCCGACAGCGGGCUGCCCGCGGCGCCUUUACUGGACCCGAUCGUCCAGCAGUUCGGUCAGUUCUCAAGAGACAGAGCUCUGGAGGACGAGGAAGAUGACAGACCGUAUGACCCCGAAGAGGAGUACGGGCCCGACAGAGCCUGUGACGCUCAGCUCGAGCGCGGGAGGCGCCCCGAUGGGGACAAGGCCCCAGAGAUGGCCGAGCGGGAGGAGGUGGCCUAUGACCCGGAGGAUGAGACCAUCUUGGAAGAGGCCAAGGUGGCCAUCGACGACCUGCCCAACAGGAUGUGUGCGGACGGGAAGGGCGGCUCCGCCGAGAGGCCCGGCGAGCCCACGGCCGCCGGAGCGGCCCCCUCCCUGGUCGAGCAGCAGCAGAUGAUCGAAGAGCUCAACAAGCAGAUUGAGGAGCAGAGGAGGCAGGUGGAGGAGCAGGAAGCCGCGCUCCGGCAGCAGAGGGCCGCCGUGGGGGCCUCCAUGGCGCACUUCUCCGUGGCCGACGCGCUGCUGUCGCCGCCCCCGAAGUCCCUGCCCCAGGCCGAGCUGUUCCCGCCGGAGCAGCAGGUCGCGUGCCGCCCGCCCGCACUCCCCGGCGCCCCCGCGGGGGCGGGCCCCGGCCCCGGCUGCGACCCGCGGCAGAACCGGGACCCCCGGCAGGCCCGGCGGCUGGCCACAGAGCACGGCGAGGGUGAGGCCGGCUCCAGGCCGCCCGCGGCCCGGGAGGAGGGUGCAGAGGCGGCCCCCCAGGCCAAGCCAGACGGCCCCAAGCGCGAACACCCCCCCGCGAGCCCGGUCCCGCCGCCCGUGGACGGUGGCGCCCCCUCGGCGGGCUCCAGACCUGCCCGCAAGGUGCUGCUGCCCACGCCCCCCGGCGCAGCCGCCUUUCAGCCCGGCUUCCCUUUGCACGGCGACGCCCAGAGCUUCCCCUCUGCCGGCGGGAGGGACCCUUUCUCUGGUGCCUCUCAGGACAAAGCGCUCGGCUCGUCCCAGUACGAGGAUCCAAGGAACGCUCAGUUUGCCGAGAAAAGUGACCACCCGACCGUCGAGCCUGAAGGAGACAGGGAGCCGCAGUGCAGACCUGGCGAGGGGGCCGCCACUCUCCCGGCACCUGGACAGAGGGUGGGGGGCCCUCCGCCCGCGCCCCAGGGCCAGCGGGAACCGGCACCACGUGCUUUCGGAACGUCUGGGCUUCAUGGCCCCAGUUUCCCAGGACCGAGGGGGUCCGUUCCUCCUUUCUCAGAGGAGAGUAUGGUUUCCAAUAGCGAUGGGCCACGGGGGCCUCCGCCAGCCAGGUUCGGGGCUCAGAAGGGGCCCAUUCCUUCCUUGUUGUCAGGGCCACACGGGCCCCCUCCCUACGGGGACAGCAGGGGCCCCUCCCCCUCCCACCUUGGGGGGCCCAGGGGAGCAGCACCCCAAUUCGAAGACCGAAAGGACCCCCACGGGGAGAAGAGGGAGUUCCAGGACGGCCCGUACGACGAGAUGGCCGGCCCCCCCUCUCAGUUCGAGGGACCAGAACAAGCCCCCUUCAUGGCGGGCAGAGGCACGGCGCCUUUCCAGUUCGGAGGCCAGAGGAGGCCUCUGCUGUCACAGUUUAAGGGCCCCAGAGGAGGUCCCCCUCCCUCUCAGUUUGGAGGUCAGAGAGGGCCCCCGCCCGGCCACUUCGUGGGCCCGAGGGGGCCGCAUCCCGGUCAGUUUGAAGGACCCAGAGCCCAGGCACCAAACUUCAUGCCGGGGCCCAGGGGGAUCCAGCCUCAGCAGUUCGAGGAGCAGAGGGUGAGCUCGCCCCCGAGAUUCGCCGGCCCCCGGGCGCCAGCGCCCCUGCCGUUCGGCGGGCCGAGGGGGUCGGCGCCCUUCCCCGAGAAGAGCGAGCCCGCACCGCCCCGCUUCCACUUCCAGGGCCCGCCGGCCCCGGGGCUGAAGCCGGCCCCCAGGCCGCUGCUGGAGCUGCCCAGCCACCCGCCGCCGCACCGGCCGGAGCGCUGGGACGAGGCGCCGGUGCAGGGCCCCGAGGCCGACUUCCGCGAGGGCAAGGGCCACGAGUACAGAAGCCAGGCCUUUGAAGGGCGGCAGAGGGAGCGGUUCGAAGCCGGGCCCAAAGAGAAGCCGCUGGAGGAGCCCGAGGCCGCGCCGCCGGAGAGCCGGCCGGGCAGGGCCCUGGAGGAGCGUCGGCGGGAGCGGGGGCGGCGCUGGAGCCGGGAGCGGGACUGGGACCGGGGCCACGAGCGGGGCCGUCACCGCGACAAGGACCCGGGCCGCGAGUGGGACCGGAGUCGGGAGCGCGGCGCCGACAGGGACCGAGGGCGGGAGCCGGAGCGGGCGGCCGAAUGGGGCCGGAGCCGGGAGCGCAGCCGGAACCGGGACCGGGAGCGCCGGCGGGAGCGGGAGAGGUCUCGCAGCAGGGAGCGCGGCCGGGACCGCACCCGCGAGCACGGCCGGGAGCGCAAGGACCGCAGCAAAAGCAAGGAGGGCGCCCGGGACCCCAAAGCCGAGGCGCCUCGGGCCGCCACCCCCGCCACCCAGACCUAGCGCCGGCCGCGCAACGCUCCCGCGGGGCCGGCGCCGGGUCGUGGUGAGCGCCUGGGUGUGCAGAGAGCUACGAACUGCGAUGCAGAAUAGAACGUUCUGGACUUCGACGAUUGCUGUAAUUUUGUGUAUAGUGGUUUCUUACAAAAUUUCACAUCUUUACAAUUCUGUUGCUUUUAAAAAAAAAAAAACUAAGAACUGAAUAUUUCCAUUUAAAAUCACUGAAAUGGGAAAGCGUCUACAGAAGCAUAUUGCUUUUUCAAAUUAUAAAGUUAUCUUUUCCAAUAACUUGAGUCUCGUAACUUUUAAGGGAAUUUCAGUGGACCCUAGAGCCAUACCUUCGCUGACCUCUCACCUGUAUUUCUGUUUCCAGAAGCUGUUGUCACAGGUGUCACAGGAGGUGUAGUGCUCGGGGGCGGGUGGCCUGCUUUCUCCUCGCUCCCUGGGGUGUCAGAUGCACAAAAGCCCACAAAUGCAUUUUCCUUUUGUCCUAAAGAAAUUUGAAUUGCAAAUUUCAACCAGGAAACAAAACAUUUCUUAGUUUUGCUCAGUUUUUAUAUAUCACUUUAUACAUUUUUUUUCAAAAACGUGAUUGAAAGCAACAUCUGUCCAAGUAGAAAUUGUUGCAUUUUAAAUAGCAAUCUAUUGAAAAAGGUGUAACCUUUACCAGCCUAAAGAAAGUGAGAAGAUAAGCCAAUUAAGUGUACUUUAAAAAGGGGGUGGGGGGAGGGGGGUUACUUGGACUUGAACGAUCAGGAACAUUUUGUUUGUGAAACCCGACCCUCUGAGCAGUCCUUCCUGUGUCCCAGGGAAAGGGCACCAGCUCCAGACUGUUACACUGUCCGGUGAUGCAUUUUAGAGUUUGUCAUUGAAAGCAGAACAGUACUUGUGUGAAGUCUGGGACGGAAACCAGUGAUCGUAGUUAGAGAGCUACAACUCAGGAAGCUGUUGGCUGAAACGGCGGCCUGCCUUCUGUGGCGUAUUUGCAGGUACUUCCGGAGCGUGAGAGGGAGGAAACCUUGCUAAUUUAUUUGACUGUACAAAUACACUUUGAUAAUUUUUUAUAUUUUCAUAAACUUACUUUUGCAAGUGUAAAAUGAGAGAAUUUCAUUCAUUCUUUGGAGUCUGUUCCAUCGUACAUCACUACAGAUUUUUCACUUUCUAGCACAAACGUACAAAUGGUAAGAACACGGAGGACUUAGUGAUUUGGAGGGACUGGGAUUCCAGAGCAAACGUCAGGUGACACCGCAGCCGAGUGCUGAAAGUUCCAACGUCUCCUACGAUGCGAAGGGUUUUUUACAUGUAAAACACAUUUUUCUAAUUUAAAUACACAAAUGUAAAAAUCAAGUGUGUUUCUUUAGGUUUACUUGAUAGAAAUUUCUGUAAAUUGUAUUUUAUAUUACAAAGUAUUAUAUCACUGUACAUUAAAACACGGAACUGCAUAGGUUUUGUUACUUGAAGUAGAAUAAACAUCUACAGAAGGUUU